UUGACGUAUACCAUAACCUCACUUUGUGUUUGUUUACUCCUAUGCUUAAAUUUAUUAUUUAUCUUUUUUUGUGAGUGAUGGGGCGUAGGUACUACUGUGAAUACUGUGACAAAACGUUCGUGGACGAGCUGGAGGCUCGUAGAAAGCACUUGCAGAGUGCCAACCAUGUGAAAUUACGAAAUUUGCACUAUCAACAGUGUAGAGAACCCGCGGUUAUUCUUAGGGAGGAGCUGCUAAAGCAACCGUGCAGGAAGUUUUUUCAGUCUGGCACGUGUAUGUUUGAAGGCAGUUGUAAAUAUACACACUACAGUACCGAGCAACUUUGUCAGCUUCGGCAGCAAGUGGAACAAGUGGACCUGAUUAAGCAGAAGGAGCAUGAAAUGAAGACUGCCAUUCCAUCGGUAGAAUCCUGGCUGGAGAAAUAUGAUAAAAUAGCAACGAAACAUGAUCCGAACGUUAUUAACACCCCAUGGACUUAUCCGGAGAGUUUUGCAAAUAGAAUCGACUUACCUCCAUCUUUGAUUAAGUUCAAAGCAGAGCAUUUUUUCGAUGAUAAUUUUGAGGAGUGGGGACAGUAGUAGUAAAUAAAAUUGGUUUUAAUUAGUGAUAAAUGUUGUAAAAUGCAUUUUUUUUAUUGUGUUAUUAAAUAAAGUUUUAAUUUA